AUGCUUGUGGAGCAUGAAGCCCGCCUCAAGUCACAUGUAGACCAAAGCAUCGAAAGGCUCACACAACGGAUGAAUCUGACAGAGUCAGACUAUCCCAAUAUCAUGCAUGUGCCUUCUCAAAAUGCGACGCCUCGCCGGGGUGGCAAAAGCACCCACACGAGCCAGUACAAGACAGGUGUGCCGACCUAUGUCCGGAAGCUAGUGGAAGGGACUUUGAAAGGAAGUGGUGGCUUGGGAAACUCCACUUUGCGUUCGGGCACUGGCAUCGCUAAUAGUUGGUCCUCCGUGGAGCACAACUUGGUGAGACGAAAACAGCUGUGGGUUUGGUAUGACAUUUGCACCAUGAUUGUCAUUUUCUUGUACGCCUGCCUCAUGGGCGUCAACCUUCAAGUCACUACCCUCAGAGGCUCAGAGCCACCCUGGACAAACCAGGGAGAACUGGCUUUUUGCAUUUUCUUCUCGGUCGACCUGGGCAUCCGUGUUCUGGUGGAACAACUUCGAUUCGUCACUGGACCCAUGAAGUGGUGGAAUUUACUGGACGUGGUGCUGGUCUCCUUGAUGAUCUCUUCACAGAUUACACAGUAUGGACUCAUCUCCAGUAUGUCUGGUCUUCGAGUGCUCCGCUUAUUGCGCGUGCUGCGGAUCAUGCGUUUGGCCAAGUACUUCGCCAAGUGGCCCCAGUUUCGGCAGAUCCGCAUUUUGGUGGCCUCGAUCGGUGAAAGUCUAAAGAUGAUGAUCUGGCUGAUGCUGCUGGCAUUCAGUGUGAUUUAUGUCUUUAGUCUGGUACUGACUGAGGGUGUGUGGCAGAGUUGCCGCGAGGAUUCACAACGAGAGGAGCUGUUGUGCAAGAAGUUUGGCACUUUGACUGGCUCCAUGCUGACUCUGUACCAGAUUCUCUACAGUGGGGUGCUAUGGGGGGAGCUAUGGGACGAAAUGACUGCUUGGCACUGGUUCUUUCAGUUCUUCUACUUGCUCUAUGUGUCCUUCUCAGUGGUCAUUCUGGGAAACAUGAUGGCAAGCUUCCUCUUCAGUCUUCAGAAGAAGGUGAGCAAAAAGGAGAAAGAAAACCUGAUUCAAUCGGAGAUUGAGUCGAAGGAGGAGUUUGUUCAGCAGAUGAAUGUGGUGUUCCGAGAGUUUGAUCAAAAUGGCAACGGCGCCAUUAGUUGGACGGAAUUCCAGAUUGCUCUCGAAGACCAGCGCAUGCAUGCCUUCUUGUCAUCCUUGGAUCUGGACAUCAGCGAUGCCAUUGGCUUAUUCUCGGUCUUGGAUUCGGAUGGCACGGGUGCCAUUGAGCAUUCGGAGUUCCUGUUGGGCUGCCUCCGCCUGCGGGGCGGGGCCAAGGCCGUGGACAUGGUGCGAGUUCAGAUGGAGCAAGAAUGGAUGCACCAGGCGAUGCUGACCAUGAGGUCAAUGAUGCAGGAUUUGAUGAAGGUCUCCAGAGCCAAAGCCUUUGAGAUGCAACUCGAACCGACUCCCAGCUGUGAUGGCUCGGACAUCGAGCUCUCGGAUUUUGCGAAAUUCAGUUCGAGCUCACAGAUCUUCCCCAAGAGCAGUGAAAGCAUGGGCGUGACUGGCUUGCUGAGCUAUGAAUAUCGAACCAAUUUGCCAUCUGAAGAGCGAGCCGUGAGCCUUAAAGAAUUGAAACGGAUCUCAUCAGAUGCGCUGCUGGCCAGUCGACAUGGGUGGGACGAUCCACGGACCGGUCGAAGAAUUGAAAGCAAUACCUUGAACCUCUACCACUUCAGCUACUAUCACAUCCUGCCCAAGACUGCGCCCAAAACUGGAUUGCUUCUAAGGAUGGAGCCCUUGAAGAGUCAGCUUCUUCAUUGGAGAGCCUUGUGUGGGCAGCAGAUUUUCCAACAAUCUGACAAAAUGACUUUGCCCAGUGCUUCUGCGACCAUUUUGCGAGCAGACAUGGAUGGUGAUGUGCUCACCGUUUGCGUGGCUUUGAGCCAAGGCCGCUUUACCACUCACGCGGAGGACGGAAACAUCAUGCUUGGAGAUGCUCCCUUGGGAAAACUGCAAUCCAUGGAGUGUUUGAAUUCCUUCAGCUACAAGGAAUAUUUGUCUUUGACCCCCUGCAAACCAACCUGGUACUGUUCACACUGGUGGGGGGAGCCCAUCGUCUCUUUCGUGAACUGUUGCCAGAAGCACGCGGUGCUGCGGCGCUUGAAUGACACGAUGGCCAACUACUGGGUUUGCGGCUAUGCCAAUCGGCAACACGAGCUGGAGCUUGAAAUCGGCCAGGACAUCACCCAAUCCUCCUUCUACCGAGCUCUUCAUGUGGCCGAAGGCUUGCUGCUGAUCCUGGACCAGGAUGCAACUCCCUUCAGUCGUAUCUGGUGUGACUAUGAGGUCUAUUCUUCAAUCACAGACCCUGACAAGAUGUUGGACAUCGUGACCAUGGUCCAAUCCAAGAAGCAAAGCCCGGGAGCUCAGAUGCUGAGCAAAAGCCCACUGCCGGGUGAAUCGGCCGUGGCCAAGUCGGUGCGAGAGCAGAAUUUUCCCUUGUCUUUGCUUCUGCACGGCUUGCAAGUAUGUCUGGAGGAUGGCGAGGCCACGGUUCAAAAGGAUAAGGACGGGAUCCUUUUUGAGAUGGCAAGCCAUGCAGACUUGUCCACCACAGCCGGCCAAGAGCUCCUGCAGCAAAAUUUGAAGCGCGCCAAUGAUGCGCUCCACUCCACCUUCGCAAUUCUGGCCUGGCCGCAGGCCAUGAAACAUGGGCGUUUGCUGGACUUUGCCAAUCACAAAGAGCAGAAACUGAGCUCCAAAGCAAGACAGAAGGUGAAGUUGCCCGAGAUCUUGGCGAUGGAUGAUGAUCGUGAAGUGCUUGAGCUGAGCCUUGCACACUUCGAGGAGACCUGUGUGGAUUCCAGCGUGAAGAUUUUGGCUGCUGGCUUGCCUCCCAAUUUACAAGACUUGCGCCUUAGCUUUGAAGGCUGCAAUCGGAUUACAGAUCAAAGCUUGUCGGCAUUAGGGUCCAGGUUUUGCCUGGGGCUCAAGCGGCUCUACCUGGAUUUUAUUGGCUGUUCGAAGCUGACGGAUACUGGCCUCUAUGCUAUUGCAGGGGGUCUGCCCCCCGCCUUGGAAGAUCUUGAGCUCCACUUUGCUGGAUGUCCAUUGCUCACCGCAGCCGGUGUCGGAUUCUUGCGAGAACAGCUCCCUUCUGGACUACAGACCUUCACUGCGAGCUUUAAAGGUACUGGCAUCAAUCGCAACUUUGCAACUCUUGAGGAAUUUCAAGGGUAG